AUGAUGGAGCCGCUCUGGGAAGGUUCUGGAAGGUUCCGGGAGGUUCUGGAAAGUUCUGGAAAGUUCUGGGAGGUUCUGGAAAGUUCUGGGAGGUUCUGGAAGGUUCCGGGAGGUUCUGGAAGGUUCUGGAAAGUUCUGGGAGGUUCCAGGGAUGAUUCCAGCAGGGAAUUCCCAACGAUGAUGGAGCCUGGAAGGUUCUGGGAUGUUCUGGAAGGUUCCAUGGAUUAUUCCCAUCAGGAAUUCCCAACAAUGAUGGACUCUGGGAUGCUCUGGGAUGUUCUGGGAUGUUCUGGGAUGUUCUGGGAGGUUCUGGGAUUAUUCCAAUCGGGAAUUCCCCGUUAUUUCCCGGCGAUCAGGGGGUUCCUGAGCACCACGAUGACGGAGUCUGGGAUGCUCUGGGAUGUUCUGGAAGGUUCCAGGAUGAUUCCAGCUGUGAAUUCCCCGUUAUUUCCCAGCGAUCAGAGGGUUUCUCAGGACCACGAUGACGGAGUCUGGGAUGCUCUGGGAUGCUCUGGGAUGUUCUGGAAGGUUCUGGGAUGUUCUGGGAUUAUUCCCAUCGGGAAUUCCCCGUUAUUUUCCCGCGAUCAGGGGGUUCCUCAGGACCACGAUGACGGAGUCUGGGAUGCUCUGGGAUGUUCUGGGAUGUUCUGGAAGGUUCUGGGAUUAUUCCCAUCAGGAAUUCCCUAUUUCCCAGCGAUGAGGGGGUUUCUCAGCACCACGAUGACGGAGUCUGGGAUGUUCUGGGAUGUUCUGGAAGGUUCCAGGAUGAUUCCACCCAUGAAUUCCCUAUUUCCCAGCGAUGAGGGGGUUCCUGAGCACCACGAUGACGGAGUCUCCGCGCAGGAACAUUUUGGAGAUGUACCGGUCCUUGUCUGGGAUGUUCUGGGAUGUUCUGGGAUGUUCUGGGAUGUUCUGGGAUGA